AAUAGGAGAUAACCUGGGUUUAGACUAUCACAUGUAUUACUCACUGGUAAAUUUUCAUGCAGAGAAGCCUAGGCCCUCCCACAGCGGCCAAGUAUGGCAGUAUUGGAGGCACCAGGGACGUCAGUCAGCAGGAAGAGGAUGCGCUUCACGGUACCGCCAGCACAUACAUAUUCAAGUUUGGGGGGAUAUAGCAGCGAGGAAGAAAUUCAAGAGCACACAGAAUCUAAUGGUGGUAAUGAGGAGAGGCAAGACGAAGAGGACGAGCAGGGUCAAGAGGAAAGCCAGCACGAUAAAGAGCCCUCAGAGUCCGAGGGUGAUGAUGAGAGUCUGGAUGAAGAAGACGCGCAGGUAGAGCAGGAAAGGCAAACCGAUCAAGAGCAGUCAGAAUCUGAUAGUGACGAGGAGAGUGGGCCGGAUGAAGAAGACGAGCAGGUAGAGCAGGAAAGGCAAAUGACUAAAGAGAGCUCCGAGCCUGAUGGUGAAGAUGAGGUGCAGGACGAACUGGACGAGCUGCUAGAGCAGUCAAGGCAAAUGGAUCAGGAGAGCUCAGAAUCUAAUGGUGACGACGAGGAGGACAAACUGGACGAGCAGGAAGGGCAAAUGGAUCAAGAGAGCUCAGAAUCUGACGGUGAAGAUGAGGAGGAGGACGAAGUGGAUGGACAGGAAGGGCAAAUGGAUCAAGAGAGCUCAGAACCUGGUGGUGAAGACGAGGAGCAGGACGAAGAGGACGACCAGGAAAGACAAAUGGAUCAAGAGAGCUCAGAAUCUGAUGGUGAAGUUGAGGAGCGGGAUGGAGAGGACGACCAGGAAAGGCAAAUGGAUCAAGAGAGCUCAGAAUCUGACGGUGAAGACGAGGAUCAAGACGAAGAGGACGACCAAGAAAGGCAAACGGAUCAAGUGAGCUCAGAAUCUGACGGCGAAUAUGAGGAGCGGGAUGGAGAGGGUGACCAGGAAAGGCAAACGGAUCAAGAGAGCUCAGAAUCUGAUGAUGAAGACGAGGAAGAGGACGAAGAGGAUGAGCAGGUAGAGCAGGAAAGGCAAAUUGACCAAGAGAGCUCAGAAUCUGACGGUGAAGACGAGGAGCAGGACGAAGUGGAUGAGGAGGUAGAACAGGAAAUGCAAAUUGAUCAAGAGCUCUCAGAAUCUGAUCAAGCACAUUCGGAAAGCCAAAGCAUUCAAGCUCCUGUGGAGUCUGCUGGUAGCGAAGAAGAGGACGAGCAGAUAGAGCAGGAAAUGCAUAUCGAUCAAGCAUACUCGGAAAUUGAUGGUGAAGACGAGGAACAGUACGUAGAAGAACACCUGGGGGAGGAGGAAAGCCAAAACAAUCAAGAAUCUGUAGGUGGGGACGAGGAUGGACAGGAAGAAGAUGACGAGCAGGUGGAGGAUGUUUCAGACAGGGGAUGCGUUCACAAAAACUCCUCUGAGCCGGUAUUGGCACCACCACCGUCCAAGCAUACAGCGAUAGCGAACAUGACGUUGGACGAGGACAUGCUCGAUUGCGGUGUUUGUUGCCUACCCCUCAAGCCACCAAUCUUCCAGUGUGAUGUCGGCCACGUGGUGUGCUCAUCGUGUCGGAACAAGCUGGCCACGUUUGGGAGGUGCCAUGUCUGUAGCACUGCAAUUACCGGUGGCUACCGCCGGUGCCAUGCCUUGGAGCAGCUGGUGGAGUCCAUCCGGGGGUCAUGCCCCAAUGCAACCUAUGGCUGCGCUGCCAGGGUGCCCUACUAUGACCUCCAUGCUCACCUUCUGGAUUGCCCGCACGGUCCGUGCCACUGCCCUAGAGAAGCAUGUGGCUUCGUUGGCUCGACAUCGGCGCUCCUUGAUCACUUCGUCGGCACACACAAGUGGCCAUGCAUCACCGGGGUUCGGAACAGCGAGAAUCGUGCCUUCCACCUUCAUGAUGGCUUCAACUUCAUGGCUGUCGUCCAUGACACCAGAGAGUACCUAUUCCUGUUAAGGGUGACACGCUCACCAUUUGGCCGCGUGAUAUCGUCCGUGUGCUUACACCCUCAAGCCGCAGCCAAUGGUUCUCGGUCAAAGAAUGUGAAGUGCAGGCUCCAGCUCAUCUACUUGCGCGACAUCUUCGAUGACUCCGAGGUGCUGUCCCAUGUCCAGGAUUCUUCUUUCAAAGUGGCAUGCACUGAUCUCUCCAGUGGGAUGCCCAACCCCUGCUUCCAGUUCAUCGUGCCCUACGAGGUUCAACCAGAAGCUGCGGCUACUGUCGAAGUCAAAGUAUCUUUCACCAUCCGGUAGAUCAGCUGCUUAUCUGCCUUUAGUUAGCUUUAUCGAUUAUUAGAAGUAUAGAUACUUGGUGAACAACUUUGGCGAGGAUCUAUUCGCUGGAAUACUAGCAUAGUUUUCGGAUCUGGAGCUAGUUUUGCCUGAAUAUUUAUCACCUGCCAUAUAGUAGGUUCAUUAUCAUCCA